UCGCACUCGCCUUACAGAAGCCGAGCCGAGAACAUCAUCCGCUUUGAGCGCUUAGGCGCAGUGAUUACAUCUUCACAGAGAAAGAUAGAAAGUCUUGUUAUUCGCCAGCCUGCUUUUUAAUUUCUUCAGAAGUUGUAUUUGUUGCUGACUUCCGCCGUGCGUAAAUAGGAGUUUUUUUUUUCUUUCUGUUUCUGCUCGUGUGGAUUUUUCUAUUUUGUUUUGUUACUUUUCUAUGAAGAAGGGGCAGUCUGUUCUGUGCACAGGGAGUGUUGGCUAUGCGUCCUGGCUCCAGCCUGCAAUGUUUGCGCUGACGCCAAAACUCACAGACCGGUGCAGAAUUGAUUAAAACAGAGAAGCUCGGAUCAAAUGGCUGUGCUUCUCACAGCUGAAACGACACAAUGUUCCACUGACCUGAGGAAGAGGAGAGGAAUUUCAGAGUCGGACAGCCUUGUUGCUGUUUAUUUCACUGCCUUUUUACGGACAGAGGAAAUGGGAAAUGCUCAUUUCUUGUAAGAAAAAGGAGUAAUACUUUUCACCUUCUAAGUGCACUUGGACAGAAGCAGAGGAGAUGAUUUGGUUAAUAUUCCUGCUCUCCAUCCUGGAUGGAGCUGUCUCUCAGCUACACUACUCCGUGCCAGAGGAGCAGGAGCCUGGCUCUGUGGUUGGGAAUAUUGCAGAGGAUUUGGGGCUGGACAUUACCAAACUUUCUGCUCGUCGCUUCCAGACGGUGCCUAGUUCACGGACACCUUAUCUGGAGAUGAACCUGGAGAACGGUGCGCUCGUGGUGAAGGAGAAAAUUGACCGGGAAGAAAUCUGUAAGCAGACCAUCCCGUGCCUAUUGCACCUGGAGGUGUUUCUGGAGAACCCGUUGGAGCUCUUUCGCGUGGAGAUUGAGGUAAUGGAUAUCAACGACAAUCCACCCAGCUUUCCGGAGACGGACAUUUCCGUGGAAAUAUCGGAGAGCGCGAUUCCCGGGACGCGUUUCCCGGUGGAGAACGCCUUCGACCCGGACGUUGGCACAAACGCGCUCAGCACAUAUGCCAUAACGAAUAACAACUAUUUUUACCUUGACGUGCAGACACAGAGCGACGGGAACAAGUUCGCGGAGCUGGUGCUGGAGAAGCCGCUGGACAGAGAGCAGCAGGCGGUGCACCGCUAUGUGCUGACGGCCGUGGAUGGGGGCAUCCCACAGCGGACCGGGACGGCUCUCCUGGUCGUUAAAGUUCUGGACUCUAAUGACAACGCGCCCACCUUUGACCAGUCUGUGUACACGGUGAACCUGCGGGAAAACGCCCCCGUGGGCACUCUGGUCAUUCAGCUCAACGCCACGGACGUUGACGAGGGACAAAACGGGGAAAUAGUUUAUUCUUUCAGCAGUCACAACACCCCGCGGAUAAAGGACUUAUUCAAUAUUGAUGCCAGAACGGGCAGGGUAGAGGUGGCUGGUGAGGUGGACUAUGAAGAGAGCAACACGCACCAGAUUUACGUUCAGGCGAAAGAUAUGGGGGCUAAUGCGGUCCCCGCGCACUGCAAAGUGCUGGUCAAACUCGUGGACGUGAACGACAACACACCGGAGAUCGGUUUCAGCACUGUGACUGAAUCUGUGAGCGAGCAGGACGCCCCGGGCACCGUGAUCGCACUUUUUAGCGUCUCAGACCGGGACUCCGGUGAGAAUGGGCAAAUGAGCUGUGAGAUUCUGGGAGACGUUCCUUUCAGGCUGAAAUCGUCUUUUAAAAACUACUACACCAUCGUGACGGACGGACCGCUGGACAGAGAGAACACAGACUCAUACACCAUCACUGUGGUGGCCAAAGAUAAAGGUCAGCCUUCACUCGCUACCAGCAAGUCUAUUAAAGUGCACGUCUCCGAUGAGAAUGACAAUGCGCCCCGUUUUACGCAGGCUGUUUAUGAUGUGUAUGUGACUGAGAAUAAUGUGCCCGGUGCUUUCAUUCACGCUGUGAGUGCUUUGGACCCUGAUAUCGGACAGAAUGCUCUUAUUACCUACUCCAUAUUGGAGUGUGACAUACAGGGCAUGUCUGUGGACACAUAUGUGUCCAUAAACCAAGACACUGGCUACCUUUACGCGCUGCGCUCUUUUGAUUACGAGCAGCUGAAGGAGUUUAGCUUCAUGGUCCAGGCGAAAGACUCGGGUGCUGCGGAGCUCUUCUCUAAUGCUACUGUAAAUGUGAUCAUAGUUGACCAAAAUGACAACGCUCCUACUGUAAUAGCCCCUAUCGGGAAAAAUGGCACAGCCAAAGAGCACCUGCCGCGCUCUGCGGAGCCUGGUUACCUGGUGACGCGCAUCGUGGCCAUGGAUGCGGAUGAUGGUGAGAACGCACGGCUGUCCUACAGCAUUCUGCGAGGGAACGAGAUGGGGAUGUUCCGUAUGGACUGGAGGACUGGAGAGCUGAGGACAGCCCGCAGGGUCUCUCCCAAGCGGGACCCGCAGGGCUACUACGACCUACUGAUCGAAGUGAGGGACCACGGGCAGCCGCCUCUCUCCUCGUCCGCGAGUGUGAGCGUAAUAUUGGUGGACAGCGUGAUCGAAGGCCGCAGCGGGGAUCGCGGCUCGGCCUCCAAGGCAAAGGAGACCUCCCUUGACCUCACCCUCAUUCUAAUAAUCGCCCUGGGCUCCGUUUCCUUUAUCUUCCUCCUCGCCAUGAUCGUGCUGGCCGUGCGCUGCCAAAAGGACAAGAAGCUCAACCUGUACACGUGCCUGCUCGCCGGUGACUGCUGCCUGUGCUGCGGCUCGUGCUGCAGCAGGCAGGGUCGCGGCCGCAAACAGAAGAAGCUGAGCAAAUCCGACAUCAUGUUAGUUCAGAGCACCAACGUUACGUCUGGAGUGGGGCCCGUGGGGCAAGUGCCCGUGGAGGAGUCUGGUGUGGGCGGCGUGGGAGGGGGUUUCGGCUCCCACCACCACCAGAACCAGAACUCCUACUGCUACCAGGUGUGUCUGACACCGGAGUCCGCCAAAACGGAUCUGAUGUUCCUCAAACCGUGCAGCCCCUCUCGCAGCACUGACACGGAUCACACCAACCCCUGCGGCGCCAUAGUCACGGGUUACAGUGACCAACAGCCAGACAUCAUAUCUAACGGCAGUAUUCUCUCUAAUGAGACAAAACACCAACGAGCAGAACUCAGCUAUCUGGUGGACAGACCCAGACGUGUCAACAGUUCGGCAUUCCAAGAAGCAGACAUUGUCAGCUCCAAAGACAGCGGUCAUGGCGACAGCGAACAGGGCGACAGUGACCACGAUGCCACAAACCGGGGUCACUCAGCUGGAGCUGAUCUGUUCUCCAACUGCACGGAAGAGUGUAAGGCCCUGGGUCACUCUGACCGCUGCUGGAUGCCGUCUUUCGUGCCGUCUGAUGGGCGCCAGGGACCGGACUACCGCAGCAAUCUGCACGUCCCUGGCAUGGACGCCACGCUGCCCGACACUGAGGUACCCGCCUCCGUCAACCUAUCCGACCAACUCACCAUGACCUCGUCCACCGCCUCGUCCAACGAUAGGUCAUUCUCCACCUUUGGCAAGGACGGCCAGAGGUCACAGUCACACCACAGCCUUCACCAUCACCUCCAUCAGCAACAACAGCAGUACAGCUCCAGCACGCUAGAGAGGAAAGAGUAUGAUAGGGGGACCCUACCAUACAAACCCACCUUUCUCUCCCGCAAAAGGAUUUGCUAGCUCAUUCCACGUGGACCUGUCGGAGACAGCAUGAAUUUCUGUUCUAGACCACCAACACUGAUGCUAGAGACAGCGAAAUAAAACUAAACAAAUGGCAACUUGGACAACAGCAACCUUGGUUAAACUUCAUUAUCUUGGGUGGCGAACUGUAACGAAGCCUUGGCAGUGGCUGCUAAGGGAGAAAAGAGGAAAUAAAUACUGAGUAGCUGUAAACCUCUAGAUAUCUAAGGAGCAAUCCAAGGCCUUAUUUCACUCAGCAGGACUGAGAUCAAGGCUGAAACUCUCGACCAUGCGAAGAUUACAAUGUCAUCAGUAGACAGAAGAAAGGAACUGAAGCAAGCAGAGGAAUACAAAGCGAGUGACACGAAGAGGGACCGAUUAACUCACAGAGGUGUUUCUUUUUUCCGUUUUUUUUCGUUUGUUUUAUUUCGACUGAGGAGUUAGCCUCUAGAAAUCUGUGUGUGCCUGUUUACAUAAAGAAAAAAACAAAAACUAAUGUUUCUGUACAAACUUCAACCAACGUCACACGGAACCCUUUAGCUAUUUCUAUGGUCACCACUAAGCCAGCUGUACAGAGACUGUGUGGGAGGGGAAAAAAGAAGACUGACAGUCAGAGUGAAAAUGAAAGACUGAGUGAAAGACAAUUAGACGAAGAGAGAGACAGAGCAGGUGUUGUACAGGUAUUAAAACAAAAAAUAACAAAAAAAAAUGAAGGAAAGAAGGACAAGCAGAGAUAAUGUGCAGUACUAUAAAUUCUGUAUCUCCGGUUUUUUGACUUGACUGUCUUUAUAUAACUUCUCUUUAUCGUUUCAGUUGUUCUUUCUGUGUGGUUAAAGUGUGCAGACUCUCAAGUAUUCCAACUUACUGUUACAGGCAGGAACAUGUGGUCCAGAGCCGGGUUCAGUCAUCUUUCCUGUUUAGCCACUUCAGGAAGGAGAUUUGGGACAAAUGCACUGCAGAGAGAGAGGAAAAAAAAGAAGCUCAUGAGCCUCAUGUUCAGUUUUACCAAUAAAGUACCACAAAAUGAAUGUUCUCAUUUCUAAAGUAGUGACUAACAGUUCUGAAGUUCCUUCCUGAGCUGACUGUAGAGAAAGUGAAAUGACCCCUUUACAUGGAUGUGGUUCCCUUGAUGCCAUUGGCCUAUACAUAAACAAUCAGACACAUUCAGUGGUUUUUAUCAUGUGUGCAAAGUGUUUACCGUGCUAUUUUAAAAGCUUAUAAAUGAAUAUAAAUCUAUAUAUAUAACUAUAUAUAUAUAUAAAUAUAUAUAUACAAUAUACUUUUUUUCAGAAAACUGUGUAACCAUUGGUUAGUUUCUACACCUCAUAUUAUCAUUCAGUCGAAUAAUACCAAGUGCUACAAAAUCAAGACUUGUAUCGAUCGAGGAGGAUUGCUUCAGCCUAAAAAAAGCAAGCCACUUCGCACCAACCAAGGAUUAAGUUGAUGUUUUUAUUUGAUUGUUCCUUUUCACUGUUUACAGAAGCUGGGCCUUGUUGUGUGUAGCAAAGACACCAGUUGAGUUGUUUUGGCCUGUUGUGUAUUUUUGCUAGCAGAAUAUUUGAACAUGUACAGGAAGGGGGGUUAUCACAAUCCAGCAAAAUAUCCAAGGUUUUACAGUCAUACCAGAGAGGCACACACAGAUACUUAACAGACAUAAAGUGGCAAUACGUGGUGAGGAGCAAGGUAUUACACACACUGAUUAACACACUUAUGCACCAACUCACACAGGUUAAGUGGUGGUAAAUAAACAGUGUCAUUGAAGUUC